CUCAAUGUUUUAAAUGCUCAUUGACCAUCAUAUCUUAUCCUAGAUGAGCAACAGAUGAAAGCUAAAAAAAUAAAGAAUACCCCUUUAAGAAAGAAUGGCGUAACGUGGGUGUUGUAACCACGGAGAGAUAAGGAAACGAUAAGAUAAGAUAAGGAAACAUCCGUUUUCUCAUUGUGUCGGAAUAACAUCUUUGCUUGAGGUUCAUUUCACCAAUCACCCACCUUCCAGGAAUAAUCUAAAGGAAAAACUUGCAAGGCAUUUUAACGCCGCUCAGAGCAAGUUGACCAUGGCUGGAAAAAUGGCCGGAAACCCUGCUGGCAAGUGCCGCGACUUCGACCACUCUCCAGAGAAGUUGAAGGCAACAUUGAACAACAUUUUUCGUCUUCAGGAGUUUCGGGUCAAUCAACUUGAAGCAAUUAAGGCCACAAUUUUGAAGAAAAAUGUCUUGGUUGUUGGUGAUAAUGGUGCUGGUAAAAGCCUGUGCUACCAGCUACCAGCCUGCUUGUCUGCUGGAGUCACUGUGGUGAUCUCUCCACUCAUCUCCCUCAUCCAGGACCAGAUCCAGAAACUCACAGAACUGGGUAUUGACGCCAGGACUCUCUCGGGUGAUAUAGGUCACAGCGCUGCAGAUAGUAUCUACCAACAGUUGUCUGAAGAGGAUCCGAUAAUCAAACUGCUCUAUGUCACCCCCGAGAAGGUGAGUAUGAGUCGUCCGCUGAUCAAGGCUCUGAAGAGCCUGCUUGACCGAGAUCUUCUGGCUCGGUUUGUUAUCGAUGAGGCCCAGUGCAUCAGUCAGUGGGGCUAUGACUUCCGGCCAGACUACGGGACGUUGAAUGAGCUGCAGCAGGACUUUCUGGGGGUACCCAUGAUUGCUCUGUCAGGCCCCGUCACCCCCCCCAUCCAGGAAAACAUCCUCAAAAGCCUGCAGAUGAACGACCCUCAGGUGUUCACCAUGCACUUUAUCCCAACAAAUCUAAAAUAUGCCGUGGAGACCAGAACACUGGAUGGGGGAACGGACUGCAUUACCUGGAUCAAGGAGCACUAUCCACAUGAAUCAGGCAUCGUGUACUGCUGGAGACAAGACGACUGUGACAACAUGGCAGACAGCCUGAACGAGGCAGGCCUGCUGGCAUGUUCGUAUCACGCAGGGAAGACUGGUGAACACCGAGAGAGUGUGCAGAACCGGUGGAAAGAAAAUAAAUGCCAGGUCAUCUGUGCCACCGUAGCCUUUGGCAUGGGCAUCCAUAAGCCGGAUGUGCGGUACGUGAUCCACAGCUUUCUGCCCAAGUCCAUGGAACAGUACCACCGGGAGACCGGGCGGGCCGGCAGAGACGGGAACGUGUCCCACUGCAUCCUGUUUUACAACUACAAAGACUAUAAAGACCUUCACUAUGUCAUCAGCCAAGAAUCCAAGAAGAUGGAAUUGGACAACCUAAAACGCAUUGUGCAAUACUGCGGGAAUACGAAGGACUGCAGAAGAAUACAGUUGCUUUCUUACUUUGGUGGGGUCAAAACUGAAGCCAACUUAUGCGAGGAAAACACAGAAGCCAUCUGUGACAACUGCGAAAGCGCCAAUGAGAUGAUGAAUGUCAAGGAGGAAGGAGAAGGAGAAAUGACAUGAUCGUCCAUCCCUAAGUCUGAAGGAAGUGGAGCCAUGAGUUCCCAGGCAGGUGCUGCUGCUACCGGCUGAAAUCCAGGCUUCAGUACCAUCCCUAUCCCCCAGACCAACCAGCAACCCUUCUCUAAAACCAGCAGAAUAGGAUUAAUUUAAUCACGUGUAGUUUAAACUCUCCUCUGUCCAAAAUAGAUCAUAGCGCCAAGACACAAUGUUCAAUCCUUUUAGUCACAUACGACACUAUAGGGGGACAUUGAAUCUUUGAUAGGAAUACAUUUAAUAGUCUAAUCGCCAUGUCUGGAAAAUAUUGUGUCACUCCCAUUGGGAAGGUCUGGAUGCUAGUAUAUUGAUACCACAGCAUUGCUUGGCUUAGAUAGUAACGUUUUUUUUUGUGGGGGUCGUGGCCUGACUGUCUUCUGUGUGCAAUUUGCUGUGUUAUGUAGGCCUAUUGAUUUUAAUAAAUGUCCUUAAUGUUUGUUUGAUAACCCCUUUGAGGAAUGGCAUGGCAGUGGCACUAUUCAUUCAUUAUCUUAUUCCAAGUAGAGCACAAGUGAGAGAUUUGUGUAACAUAAUCAAAACAAACUUAAAUAGAAUGGGAGAAAUUUACUACAGGUUUAAAAAUUAUAAUCAUUAUCUUGCCUUUAUCUUAAAUCAAAGAGUAUCUAAGUGCCUUACAGCUGAUAUAACUAAUGUUUAAGAUGUAAAUUAUUUACUUUGAUUCCAAGUGAUAAUAAAGUCUUUAUC